AUGUUGGCUAUCAUGGGGCCCUCCGGAGCCGGAAAAACAAGCCUGCUGAACUGUCUCAGCCUGAGAAAUCAAUCGUACAGCGGCACCGUUCUACACAACGGCAAGCCCCCCGACAUGGACAUGGUGGGAAUCACGACGGCCUUCGUGCAGCAGGAGGACCUGUUUAUCCCGACUCUGACGCCGCGAGAGCACCUCCGCUUCCACGCGAACAUGAGAAUGAGCAGGACGUUGUCUCCCGAACAAAAAAUGCAGGCGGUCGAGACCGCUUUGGAAGGGCUAGGACUCGGCAAGUGCGCCAAUACGCCUAUUGGCGGGCAGGGUAGCACCAUCCGCGGCAUUUCCGGGGGCGAGAAGAAGCGUCUUUCCUUCGCGACGGAGGUUCUCGGCGAUGCUCCCGUCAUUUUUGUCGACGAGCCGACAUCGGGGCUGGAUUCCUUCAUGGCCGAGGCGGUUGUGACCAAGCUUAGGGCCCUUGCAGAGUCCGGGCGGACAAUUGUGGCUACUAUCCACCAGCCCUCGUCUCACGUAUUCAGCCUGUUCAGCCAUCUGCACCUGUUGGCCGAGGGCAAGACUAUCUAUUGCGGGCCGUUGGACCGAGCGAAUGCGCACUUCGAGGCCAUCGGGCACCCCUGCCCCAACUUCUACAACCCGGCGGACCACUACAUCAAGGUCAUGAGCAGGGACCCGUCAUCCUUUGACGAGUCUGAGCGGCGCAUCACCGCGGCUGCGGACGGCUACCGACAGUCUGCCGCCUACACUCAGACAGAAGCGAACCUGCCCACAGCAGUGGUGACCGCUGCGCGGCAAGAGGUCAAGUCUGGCGAUCGCGAGGACGAUGGGGCCACGUCCGCAAGAGCAGCUGUCGUCAAACCGGCCAGCCACAAGGUCUACCAGGCCACCUGGUGGAGGCAGGCCGUGGAGGUGUACAAGCGGACUAUCAUCAUGUACCGGAGAGAGCCGGUGCUGACCAAGGCGCGACUGGGCCAGACCGUUGUUGUGGCUGUCCUCGUGGGUUUGAUCUUCCUUCAGCUUGGUAACUCACAGAGGGACGUCCAAAGCACAAUGGGAGUUCUCUUCUUCGUGGCCAUCAACCAGGGCAUCCUCGGCACCAUCGGGGUGCUUCAGGUUUUCCCGAACGAAAUGCCCGUCUUCCUGCGGGAACAUGACAGCGGAGCGUACCGCGUGAGCUCGUACUUUUUCGGCCGAACCCUGGCAGAGAUCCCGAUCCAGGUGGUUUUCCCCACAGUGUUCUCGGUGAUCAUCUAUCUUCUGUGCGGGUUCCCGCUGGAGGCCAAGCCUUUCCUGCUCUUCAUCGUGUACAUCGUGCUGACGUCCAACUCGGCAAUAUCCCUUGGGUAUGUGGUGUCUGCCUUCGCGAAGAGUGUAGACGUCGCCCUCGCCGUGGGACCGAUGAUCCUGAUGCCCUUCAUCAUCUUCGGUGGGCUGCUGAUCAAUCUCAGCGAGAUUCCCGUCUACUUCAUGUGGUAUUCCAUCUUCUCUUUCAUCCAAUACGGCUACAAGGCCAUCUCGAUCGUCAUCUGGGAGUCGAAGGAGUCGCUCGAUUGUCCACCGGAGCCCGAGCCAUGCGUCUUCCCCACGGGGCAGGAUGUGCUGGACUAUCUCGAGUUCGAGGGCGGGAACAGAGAGCUGUGGCUGAACUUCGUGUAUUUGGUGGCCCUCAUGGUGGGAUUCAGGAUCCUGGCAUUCUUCGCCCUGCUGUACCGCAGCCGUCCCACGGGAGAGCGUGCUUACUGACACGCUAGGAACGCUCUGGUCUCUGUACAGUGAUAUAUGUGACACGGUGGUUGUUGCUUUGAUUCCAAGAGUACCGAACCCCGCCUACGUGGGCGGGGACGUUCGUUGCUAUUGCUAUGUAUGGCAUAUGUCCAAUUUCAAAACACGGAGAGAAACUCCGCAGCCGUUUUUUUGUUUUUGUCGGUGUGCUAGACAUAGUUCGUUGUAGGUGACACAUUUUAAAACCCCGAUACAUCAACACCCGCGAGUUUUGAGGCGCAGCACAACGUCGAUGUACACGGUUGUGUAGAUGGUUAUCCCCGGGUGCGUCGAUAUGCGCUCAACUAUGGACAGUUUGCGUCAUGCACAACCACGCCGUUUCAUCAGUCAAAAUCGAUGGUGUAGGUUAAUUUAUUUCGGGAGAGACGGGGGACCAGGGGGUCCUUCUGCGAUGACGGGUGGCUUUUGUCGCAGUCCUUGUGUUUGUGCUGUUGGAAGUUCAGUCAACCCUUUUAAGUCGAAGUGGGGAAUUGAAGAAGCUUGAUGUUGUGUAUGAAACGUCGUUCGUCACUAUAAACAGUCGUGACAAUACUUGGUAGUCCUCGUGUCCAGGUUGUCUGGAUUUCCAGGCAUUUUUACGUACCAGUUGUAGUUGUAUUUUGGUCCUUGGCGUUGCGAACGGGGUGGGUGUGAAGUGCAAGGCCGGUCCUCGCGGCGGGCGAGAUAUCAUUUGUUACGAAUGUUAAUCCAUAUUUUGGAGGCGCACUGCUGUGGUAGCUUCGGCAACAUGCGUGGCCAGUCUUCCAUCGUUUAGUAGGCGAUCGAGCGGGGAGUGAGCCUUGGUCGUUUUUCCACCGUUUCCGGCAGCUAACUCUGCACAUG